AUGUUGUUGUUUUCAGCCACCAUUGUUGAGGGUAUGAUAGGCCUGAAUUGGGGUAGGAUGACCUCACAAAGACUAAUUCCAUCCACGGUGGUAGAUUUGUUCUUACAGAAUGGAAUUCCGAGGUAUGUUAAUAUUGGGGCCGAACCCUUUUCACCAUCCUUUUGGAGUAAAACCUAUCUUGGUGCUGUUGAUGUGUUGAAAAUGAUCCAAGACGCUCUAAAUGAGGCUGGAUAUGGCGAUAAAACGAAAGCUACAACUCCACACCUCACCGAUAUCUUGAAGCCGAAUCAUACCAAACCAUCAGAGGCUGAAUUUCAUGAAGAUAUUAAGGACUUAUCAUCCAAUCACUAA